CUCGCUGGCUCAGCGUCGGGAUGGCUGCUAGGACGCUCGGCAUCCGCGAGGCCCAGGUGUUGGUGCACUACCCCGACGAGGAUCUGGAGUGGCACCACCGAGUGUUGCUGCGCCGGGUCGAGGGCGCCCUGUGGCUGGGCCUCGCGCCGGAUCACGAGAUUGCGAGAGUGGACCUCGGCACCUUGCGACAUCAUGUGCUGGAUCGGUCGUCGGCCUUCCCCGCCCAGUUCGCGCCGCUGGCGCAUGCCUUCGACCCAGUCGACGGGCAGACGUUGCGAGACGCGAAGCGGCAGGCCCAGCGACGGGCCGCCCUCCUGGGCGGGGGGGAGGUCGAGGACGCCGAGGAGUACGCGCGGUUGCUGGCGAGUGUCGCGGACGCUCGCUUUGGCGAGGCUGUGCCUGCCGACGUCAUCGAGGAUGGCGACAGGUGCGUCUCGCUCGGCGACCGUGGAGUGUGCAUGAUCGAUGGGGAGCCGCGCUUCGUGGGGCGGGCCCCUCGUGGAGAGCGAGAUAGUCGGGCGCAGUCGCGCCGUGAGGACGUCGAGGAUAUUCGAGUGUUGGGGGACCACCGCUCGCGAGUUGGCCGACGGGACCUGGACUUCAGGGACGCCGUCGAGUCCAUGAGAGAGGUGACCGUCGCAGACUGGCCUGAUCAAGGGCCGCGGGCGCGCCUCGAGUACCUCAAGAGCAUCGCGCUGGGGGCUGGCAACCUGCUCACCUACCAGGCUGAGUGGCAGCGGCUCAGCGGCGUGGCGGAGGGCGGCGCCCAGGGACACGAGCAUCGCUGCCACCUCGAGACGCUGCGCAGGGCGAUCUGCCACGACCAGCUGAAUGCGGUCAACCUGACGUGCUUCGAGCACAUCGUGCGGCGCGUCAUCCAGGUCGAGAUGGCAGUCGAGAAGAACCCGCGGCACCCUGACUUCAGCGGGCUGGAGGACGUGCUGGCUGGGCCGCGGUCGGUGAGCGGCUCAGCCCACGUGCCGCGGCACCUCGAGCAUGUCACCAACCGCCAGAAGGACCGCGCCCAUAUCCUCAAGCAGCAGAGGCUCUACCAGGAGGAGGCGUCGAAGCGGCGGAGCGUAAAGGGCGACGGCAAGGGCGAGACGGGCGGUGCCUGCGCAGUGGGCUUGGCCGAGCCUGCGUCUGGCAUGCACCGCCGUCCUGGAGUCAGCGAGCUGCCAAAGAAGUAUUGGUGGCCGGACGGCCACUGGCUCCACAAUGAUCCGUUCCCGCCCCCCGUACAGCACGAGGAGGGGCGGCCGACGGGACCAGCCAGGAGUGCUCUGGCCCACGUGGUUGCGGGGGUCAGCGGCUACGGCGAGCCUCCUCGCGAAGCGACGGAUGGUGAGCGGCCCUUCCGGGCGAUCCUCAAGUCCGCCGACCAGCGCGAGCUGGAGCCGCGGCACCUGGCGAGCUACGACCCCGACAAGCUGCACAUCGCGUCCGGCGCGCUGCGGCCUGUCCCUGCGUCGGCCUUGCCCCCAGAGGCUGCGGCUGGGCACUUGAGACACUUCGAGAGCCAGGUGGGGCUGACCGCGCCGGAGCUGGAGGCUCGGCUACAGACCGCGGGAGGGCUCCCGACACCUUACUGGGACCCCGCCCUCCGCGGAGAUCGGUCAACUCGUCAUGAUUUUCUCCGCCGGCUGGCGGCGGCAGGUGCUGUGGGAUUUCGCAGGGCGAUCAAGAGCCGCUGCGGAGCUUUUCUCGCGCGCAAGAAAGAUGGUCGCAUUCGUUUCAUUUGUGAUGCUCGCCAGGCGAACCUUUGCCACCGACGGCCUCCACGGACCGUGCUUGGCGGCCCCGCCUCCCUGAGCGAGCUGGGCCUCAGCCCCCUCGCCGAGGCCCUCGGCGGCUACGGCGGGGCGCUGGAGCUGCCCCUCGAACUCCACGCGUCGAGCGCGGAUGUGAAGGACUGCUUCUACCAGCUUGAGGUGGAGGGCAUCGCGAGCUGGUUCGGCCUCGACUGCCCGCUGACCGUGGAGGAGUGGGGCCUGGAGAUUUCCCACGUCUACGACGACGACCUCAAGGGGCCCACCCCGGUGCAGGCAGGCGAGUUGCUCUACCCCGUGAUGCGGGCGCUGCCCAUGGGGUGGUCGCGGGCCCUCCACUUUGCGCAGGAGGCCGUGACCACGCCGGCCGAACGUGGAUGCCCAGGGGGCAGCGAGCAGCUGCUCCAGGACAAGCGCCCCGCUCCCCUUCUUCGGCCUGGACGUCCAGUCAGCGCCGUGUACGUGGAUAACUUCACGGGCCGGGGCGGCUGCAAGGAGGGCGCCGCCUUCGGGUUGAGGGGCUUCGAGAGAGCUGCCGCGGACGCGGGGCUGAAGCUCCACGUGCCCGAGGUCGCGCUCGCCGAGCUCGAGUCGCUUGGGCUCGUGAUACACGGGUCCGACAAGACGCUCAGGCACACGCCGCAUCGAGUGUGGCGGUUCCACUUCGGGACCAAGGAGCUCCUCCG